AUGUCCAUCAACCUUUUGGCAGACCGGUCUGCAAAUUCAUUGGCUGCGCUCAAUGAAACUGGACUAGAGGUGCUUUCGAGAUUGGAAUUAUCCAACUCCAAGUCUCCCAAAUCUCUCUUGGUACAGGAAUUGUUCAGUGAAACCUACUCAUUGCUAAAGCCCUUGCAAGACAAAACGGUAUCCUCUAGAUACUACAGACAGCUGCUCCAUAAAUUGACCAAAAUACUCGAUCACUUCAAAGAUGGGCUCAUUGAGCCUCAGGAUAGCGACCUGGCUCAAUUGCAGUAUUUGAUCUCUGUCUACGCCACGAUAGCUCUGGUCACGGUCUCCAGUCAUAUUCUGCUUAAUAACACGCUCAAAAUUUCAGAGGACAUCGAUUACUACGACACAGUACUCAGUUCCAACCUGAACACCUGUCUCUAUACGAUUCAGACUCUCCCGGUGACACUGAAAAAAGGAUUUGACACUUUGGUCAAUGAGGCAGUUCGCAAGAAUGUAAAUUCUUCCAGCACCGAGAAUUUGGCUCCUAGUUGGGUCCCGCAGAGAUUUUCGUCUUUCUGCUCCAGGAUCAUAAGAUGGAUUCGUUUCCUGAUAGAUGCUACGUCUCAAAACCUUCGUCGUCUAUUGCUUUCGCCAACAAGCUUCCUUGUGGAAAAGCAUCGGAAAACCAACAGUCUUGUGCGCAACUUUGUAUCCACAGUCGUGGGGUUACCUAUCGCUUACUCCAAAAUGGAAGUUAAACAAAAGAGAGACACAUUGGAUCAACUGAAAUAUGAGAAUGUCGAAAAGCUCGGUUUCUUGUUGAAAGAGAUGCCAUACAACUCUCUGACAGAGCAGUCCGACAAUGUAUCUUCGUUUAUUCCAAAACUGGCUGGCUUAUAUCUGCCAUCAGCAUCAGACAUAGCGGACCAUUCCCUGGAUUCGUCUCUGAGGUCACUGUCGCUAUUGUUUGAGACGCUGCCUCAAGUAAAGAAACAGCUGGAGUCGAAGUAUCGUGAAAACCAAGAGCCCCGGACACUGCUCAGAUACUGGCUUCCGAUCUGUGCUGCUCUAUGGUAUGGUCCAAACCUUGCCUAUGACUUCGUUUCCAACAGAGAAGCCAUUGUUAACUGGCUGAAACUCAAUCUGGUGGAUACCACCGUUGGAUUCUGGAACAACUGGAUAGUUGAGCCAUUCAAUAAUAUUCUACGAACAAUAAGACACGAUGAGAACUCACGCAUUGCGAUUAUGUCCCAAAAGUCCCUCUCCUCUGACUUGGAGUCACUCGAGAGAAUGGUACUCGAAUACUCUCUGGACAACCAGGCCUACAUUCGUCAAGGUGAGGGAAUGUCGGAAGACGUGGCGGAACUGGUGAAACGAGAGGUGGCACAAGGAAACCUUGAGAUCGUGAUGAAGGGGUACGAAAACGACCUCAAGUCUCCUCUCAAAUCCCUCAUUCUCGGAGACAUGAUUAGAAACUUGCUAAUCCAAAUCCAAAAGAUGAAAGUCGACGGCGCAUUGGCCAUGUCUGGAAUCGACAAAAUCAUCCGGUCUCAAGAAUUGGUCUUUGGAUUUGUCGCCGCCUCUCCUAGCUGCUUGAUUGUCUGGUACUUGGCGAAGGUUGUUCGGUCGUACCUGAAAACCGGCUAUUUCAUCAAGUUCACCAAAAAUACUAAAAUUGCUCUGCGCCGCUCGCUUAACAACCUUGAAAGACUGGUAGACCUUGAACUCACCACGUCAGAGUCUUCCACCUACUUCAAUGAGGGCUUGCUUCUGUUGGAAUUGGUGAAUCUGCGCAAGCUAGGCCUGCAAAUUCUACCGGUGUAUGCAAGACAGGACUGGAUUAGAGACCUAAACGACCUGUCAGACCAAAAUUAUGACUACAACUUUAAACUCAUGACCAUUUCGAGAAUAUGGAAUAGUUACAGAACACUCAUAGAAUAG